AUGAAAAUUAAUGGGAAAGGGUUAAAUCACCUUAUUACGUGUAAAGUUGGGAGUGGGGUUGAUGUUCGUUUUUGGAUCGAUACGUGGGUGGGGGACCUCCCGUUCGCGGAGAGGUGGCCCCUUCUAUUUCGUUUGGAAUUGUUUAAAUCGUGUAGGGUUGCUGAGAGAUUGGAAUUUGAUAGAGGAAACAGAGUGUUCAAAUGGCAUUGGUCCAGGCAGCCGGUGUCUGAAGAGGAGGUCAAGCAAUGGAAGGAGUGUUGCGAGGUGCUUAGUUCAGUGAGCCUUUCCAUUGGUAAAGAUGUUUGGAUUUGGAGUGGGGAUAGUAAGAACGUUUUUUCGGUGAAGGCUGUUAAAUCGGCUUUGAUUAAGGACAGAGGUACCCAUCACCCUCCAAAUUUUGUUUGGUGCAAAUGGGUUCCUAUUAAGUGCAAUAUUAUGAAUUGGAGAGGCAAUCUGGAUAGGCUUCCUACUAGAUUAAAUUUAAGAAGAAGGAAUGUGGACAUUUCCUCUACUAUGUGUCCAUUCUGUGAAGACGCUGAGGAAUCGGUCAAGCAUCUGUUCACUGCUUGUUCGGUUGCGUUGAGGGUGUGGUCGGCUUUCAACGAGUGGUGCAACAUCCCGCCGCUCUACCUUUUUGAAUUUAAAGAUAUUUUGGAUUUACACAAAUUCAUGAAGCGCAGUAAGAAGGAGGAAAAGAUCAUUUAUGGAUUGGCUUUGAUUACGUCUUGGUAA